AUGGUGGAGACGCGCUCCGCCAGCAAGUCGCUCUCGCAGCGCCGCCGCGAGGAUGGCGAGGCCAAGGAGCAGGUGUGGCACCGUGGCGUGGCGAUCUCCAUGUGGCAGAACAGCGGGGACGAGCACUCCCAAUGGACGGCGUUCAUCCGGUCCCGAUUCCCCUUCAAGGCCCUGCCCUUUGGGUUCAACCGCUACAGCGGCAGCCACAGCGUCAACGAGUCCUGCCCAAACACGUGGGACCGUUACGAGGAGGACUUCAACCUGGCAAAGGAGGCGGGCUGCAACGCUUUCAGGCUGUCCAUCGAGUGGGCGCGCAUAGAGCCGCGGCGGGGCUACAUAGAUUUGGAGGCGGUCGCCAGGUACAAUGCCAUGCUUGACUCUCUUGAGCGCCUCGGGCUGGAGCCCAACGCGUCGCUCCACCACUUCACACAUCCCCAGUGGUUUGAGGACCUUGGGGGCUGGGAGGUGGAGGCCAACAUCCCGAUAUUCGUGGACUGGUGCAUCCAGGCGGUGGAGCUGUUUGGCAACAGGAUCCACUUCUGGGCGACGUUCAACGAGCCCACG